GCUCUGCGGGGGCCCCGCUGGCAGCUCCGGCCCGACCCGCCAGCCGAGCCCAUGGCGGCCCGCUCUCCGCCGGACCCCAACGCCGCCCUCCCCCUCCCCCUCCUCCCCUUCCUCCUCUUCCUGCUCCUGCUCCUGCUCCCGCUCCCGCCGCCCGUGCUCAGCCGCUCCACCUUCGCGGGGGGCGCGGGGGUCGGGGGCGCGCGCGGCCGGGAGGCGGCGCGCGCCGCGCUGCACUACUUCAACGCCCGCGCCCGCUCCCCCGCCGCCCUGCGGGCGCUCGGGGAACUGCACAAAGCCUCGCUCUGGGUUAAUCCAGAAAAGGGACAGAGGAUUGAUGUAGUGUUUACCACAAGUAAAUAUGCCUCAGAGGAAAAUGAAUACGCGGGGACCUGUUUCGCUACAGUAGUCUUCAGCAAUAACAAACCCAGACCUUCUGUCAACAUCACUUGCACGCACGUCACAGGAGAGGAUGAGAGAGACCUGGAGGCUGUCCAGAUCUACAAGCAACUGAAGCAACUGGCCAAACCUACCAAGGGAACCAAAAUACCUGAUAACUAUGGAUUUAUGGAACCUUCUCUGAAGCCCAUGUGGUACUUGGCAGUUCUUGGUGGCUCUUAUGUGAUGUGGCAUAAGACAUCGCUGUCCCUAUAUUAUUAUAUGUUGCAGCUCACAGACGUGACGCAGUGGAUAACCAACGAUGAUGCGAUUCAGUUCGGCUACACCGCCUUAUUUCAUGAAUUCUCAACACAGGAAAUUAUCCCCUGUCAGAUAAAUCUGAUCUGGUACCCUGGCAAAAUCCUAAAAGUGAAAUACCACUGUCAACACGAAACCCAGCUAGAGUCGUCCGGAAACGAAGGGUCGGCGAUGGGAACCGACGAAGUCUUUAGCAAUUUCUGAAAAGACAAAUACCGGUCUUCAUUUCUUUCGAAUUCCAGAUAUAGCGACUCUUCUUAAUAGCUUACAUCGGUAUCACGAUAAUUCAGCUAGACUUAAUCAAGACCUAGCGAUUCGAGGGUGGGAAGCUGGCAACUCACCGACUGAGGAGACGCUCGGAAAGAGAAAAACCAUUUGCUACCUGUAGUCGCGGGGGCCCGAUUCCAGGAAGUCACUGGUGUACUGACCACUGGAACCGCGUGGCCACCUGUAAAUUCGGGCUGCUGGGUUAGAGUCCUAAAAUGCUAAGCACAAAGUCGAAGCAGAUCAGCUGCAUAUCUUGUUCUAUAUUUGUAUCCAGCGCUUUCAAGUUAGAGCUAUUUUAUCUCACUAGAUUGCUUUUACCCGAGGUUUCCUCAUUUGUGAAUAAAGCUAAUAUAUUUGGAUAAAAGAAAAUCUAUAGAGACGUUACAAAGGUUUUUUUUCACUUUGAAUACCGGCUGUCGUUUUUAACCUGAUAAAUGCAGUAAAAUAUGAUUAUAUUUCUGAUCCA